GUGCUGGCGGCAGCGGUGCCCGGCGGGGAGCCGGUCCGGAGCGGGCCGCGGGACCCUAAAGGGAGCUGGGCGUCUGGGACGCCGGGGAGCUCCCUUGCCGGGCCCAUGGCGGCCUGAUGGAUUGAGAGGGGUCGGCUGUGAACUUUGCUUUCAUGGUCAACAACUUGAAGCAGAAUAUAAAACAUUACUGAACAUGCCUUGUUCACCAGCCCCGGCCCGAAUAGUGCUAAGUGCUCAAUAAAUAUUGGAUGAAAUAGCAAAAUAUCACAUGUAUGACGUUGGGUGCUUCAGAUCUGGUCACUAUGGUACGAGAACGAAAAUGCAUACUGUGCCACAUUGCGUACAGCUCAAAAAAGGAGAUGGACGAACACAUGCGGAGCAUGUUGCAUCACAGGGAACUUGAGAACCUGAAGGGCAGGGACAGUAGUCAUGAUUGCCGAGUAUGCAGAGUCACAAUAGUGGGUCUCUCUGCAUAUGCAAAGCACAUUUCUGGCCAGUUGCACAAAGAUAAUGUUGAUGCCCAGGAAAGAGAAGAAGAUGGAAAGGGAGAAGAAGAGGAAGAAGAAUAUUUUGACAAGGAACUUGUUCAGUUAAUAAAACAAAGGAAAGAACAAAGUCGCCAAGACAAGCCUGCCAGUAGCAGCCAAGAAAUAAACUCAGAUGGCAGACAGCCACAGUGGAGACGAGAAGAUCGAAUCCCUUACCAAGACAGAGAGAAUUACAGUCAGCCAGCAAGGCAUCAUCGUGGACCUCCACAGUGGGAUUGGAAAUGGGAAAAAGAUGGCUUUAACAGUUCUAGGAAAAAUAGCUUUUCACAUUCUUUGAGGAAUAGUGGUGGGCCAAGAGGAUGUGCUGGGUGGCAUAAUGGGGUUGCAAGAGGCUCCUCAACUUGGUUUCACAACCAUAGUAAUUCUGGAGGAGGUUGGCAUCCAAAUAAUGGGAUGGUGGAUUGGAAUUAUAAUAGUCCAGGAAGGAAUUCCAGUUGGCAUUCUGAAGGAACAGGUGGUUUUUCCAGUUGGCAUAUGAACAACAGUAACGGAAACUGGAAAUCCAAUGUACGUAAUAUAAAUAGUUGGAAUUACAAUGGCCCUGGAGACAAAUUUCAACCAGGCAGAAACAGAAAUUCUAACUAUCAAAUGGAAGACAUGAAUAUGCCAUGGAACAAGAAGCCUAAUAUGUCAAGCAAAUACAAUCAAGAGAGAUAUAAUUGGCAACGGCAAGAUAAUGAUAAAGUUGGUACAGUUGCAGCAUAUAGAAAUCCUUCUGAGGGCUUUACCAGUGAUAGGUUUCUUUCUGAAGGCUUAUGUGACUUCAAUUUUGAGCAACCAGAAAGCCAGACUACUAAACAGACAGAUGGUUCAACUACCAAAACUGGUGGAAAGAACGGCAGUGUAGCACGGGAGAAGCUCCAUCGCUGGACUCCGUAUCCUUCCCAGAAGACUCUAGAUUCACAGUCAGGAUUGAAAGAAGUCACUGGUAGUAAGUCAGAAACAACAGAGAAGCCUCUCUUUGAUUUUAGCUUGAUAACUGCAGGACUACAAGCACCGCUGACUAAUGAAACUGGUAAUUCCCCAACACUAAAGACACAAAAAGAAAAACAUAAUGGAUCUCUUAAUCGCAAAGCCUCCUCUGACUGCCCUGAUUCCAGUGAGGUGGUGAGAGCUUGUUCCGUUACAGAUAACCCUAAACAAGGACAUAACUCAAAUAAGAUACUGUCAUUGAAAUCUCCACUUCUGCCACUCCCGGCCACUAAAUCCGUUUCUCAAAAGCAAGAUUCAAAGACUCCCUCAAAAAACACCAAAACAAAUUCUUUUGCUGCAGAAAACUCAGAUCCCUUGAACAAACCCACUUUAGAAGAUAACCACAGUUCUUCCUCUAUGUCCAAAUUGCGUAGUUCAUGUCCUCGUGUUUUAAAAGCGAGUAAGACUACAUCUGGCACUCAGAAAGAAUCUGAUGUUGACUUAAAUGAUACAAUACAAAAAGCCAAAGAAGUGGUACAGAGUCGUGAGUCAUUACAAGAUCCACCUCUUAGCACUUUUGAAAGGACCAGGAUCUAUGCAAAAGCAAGUAGGAAUGUAGAAGAGUCAGAAAAAGGAUCUUUGAAGAUUGAGUUUCAAGUACAAGCGUUAGAAGAUGAAAGCAAUGAAGAAACAUCUGACACAGAAAAGCAUAGAACAAAAAUUGGAGCCCUAGGUUCUGCAACUACAGAAGUUUUAUCCUGCAGUGCUCAUACUGUUGAUGAGAAAGAAGGGGAUGACCAGAUCCAAAAAGUAUCUGGAAAACUUUCCUCCACCUCAUGUAAUUCCACAGUUCAUGAGAAUGAGUCUGAGUUACAAAUGCCAUCUGCAGCCAGUCCACACUCUGGCUUAUUACUAGAUUUGAAAACUUCUCUAGAAGAUGGCCAGGGUGAUAACCCUGUUAAGUCUCACGUAUCUUAUGAGACAGAAACCUUUGAGAGUACUAGCUUGGAAGGAGAACUUCACAAAAGUGAUAGUCAGCCGUCGGGUUCUCUCCUGCCCGAACUAAGUAAGCUUGGCUUUCCUGCCUCACUCCAGAGAGAUCUAACGCGGCACAUUAGUUUAAAGAGCAAAACUGGAGCACACCUUCCUGAGCCAAACCUAAAUAGUGCUCGGCGCAUUCGCAAUAUUAGUGGUCAUCGAAAGAGCGAAACAGAGAAGGAGUCUGGGCUCAAGCCAACCCUACGACAGAUUCUAAAUGCAUCUCGCAGAAACGUCAACUGGGAACAGGUCAUUCAGCAAGUAACCAGGAAAAAGCAAGAGCUGGGCAAAGGCUUACCCAGGUUUGGCAUAGAAAUGGUACCUUUGGUUCAGAAUGAACAAGAAGUCUUGGAUUUGGAUGGGGAGCCUGAUCUGUCUAGUCUUGAAGGGUUCCAGUGGGAAGCUGUCUCCAUUUCCUCAUCCCCUGGGUUGGCCAGAAAGCGAAGCCUUUCUGAGAGCAGUGUGAUCACAGAGAGGGCUCCUGUGUAUAGCUUCUUCAGUGAGGAAGGUACUGGCAAAGAAAAUGAGCCCCAGCAAAUUAUUUCACCUAGUAACUCCCUGAGUGUUGCACAGAGUCAGAAAGCAGCACUGUGCCUUAAACAGGAAGCAACACCUCUGGCUGCCUCCCUCAGAACAUGCGAAAGGGCUGAGAACUUCGCUAUCCGAAGGCGACAUAGUACACAAUUGCCAUCUGACCAUAUGACACCUUUGAUGCAUUCAGCAAAAGAUAUGAAUAGCCAGGAAUGCUCUCCAUCGCCAUCCAAGACUCACAGUGCUCAGGAGAGCACUGGAGAAGGAAGCUGUCUGUCAUCAAAUGCAUCCUCAGUCUUUGCAAUCUCUAGCUUGGCAGAUGCAGCUACAGAUAGUAGCUGUACCUCUGGUGCUGAACAAAAUGAUGGCCAGAGUAUUAGAAAGAAGCGAAGAGCCACUGGAGAUGGAUCUUCUCCUGAACUCCCAAGUCUUGAGAGAAAAAAUAAAAGAAGGAAAAUUAAGGGAAAGAAAGAACGAUCUCAGGUUGACCAGCUGCUGAAUAUCUCCUUAAGAGAGGAAGAACUAAGCAAAUCCCUGCAGUGCAUGGAUAACAACCUUCUGCAAGCCCGGGCAGCCCUGCAGACUGCAUACAUUGAAGUUCAGAGGCUACUUGUGCUCAAGCAGCAGAUAACUAUGGAGAUGAGUGCACUGAGGACCCAUAGGAUACAGAUUCUGCAGGGAUUGCAAGAAACGUAUGAACCUUCUGAGCACCCAGACCAGGCUGCCUAUAACCUCACCCGAGAACAGAAGAACAACAGGUCUCAGUCAUCUGCUGAUCCCACACUGCUGCCUGCUCCACUUUUCCCAGCUUUUCUGGAGCCAUCUCCUUCCCAUGUGUGCCCAUCACCUACUGGAGCCCCUUUCCACGUAGCCACAUCUGCUGCAUUCCAAGCCCAUGGCAGUAUCCCUGCUCCAGACUCCUCAGUUCAGGUUAAACAAGAGCCCAUGUCUCCCGAACAGCCCGAGAAUGUGAAUACCAUGUCAGAAGGUUCUGCUUGCAGUGUGCCCAAGGAGUUAUUGCAAGCUAAUAGAGAAAUCGGUGACAGUCAUCUAAUUAAUUCAGGCCUUAUGGCAACAGAAAGUUGCCAGGAGCCUAACCAAGAUCUGAAGUUUUCUGUGGAGCAAGGAAAUAGCAGAAGCAGAGAAAACUCUCCCUUUUCCCAAUCAACUGAUCUUCCUGGCAUAAAUAAAGAAGGGGAAGAACCAGCCCAAGGCAACAGUGGGUCUGAGGCCUGUAGCAGUUCUUUUCUAAGAUUAUCUUUUGCUUCAGAAACCCCUGUGGAGAAGGAACCUCCCUCUCCCACUGAGGAACCUGAGCAACAGGCAGAAUCUACUCUGACAUCCCUUGAAACCAGAGGAAACAAAAAAAAGAAGAAACUUCGGAAGAAAAAAACACUACGGGCAGCCCAUGUUCCUGAGAAUAGUGACACUGAGCAGGAUGUAUUUACUGCUAAACCUGUAAGGAAAGUAAAGAUGGGCAAGUUACCUAAAGGUGGGAAAGUGACCACCUCUACCUGGGAAGACAGCAGAACGAGUCGGGAACAGGAGAGUGUCCGAGAUGAGCCGGAAAGCGACUCCUCUCUGGAAGUCCUAGAAGUUCCUCAUCCUCAGUUAGAAGUAGUAGCCAUUGAUUCUUCUGAAUCUGGGGAAGAAAAACCAGAUAGCCCCUCCAAAAAAGAUAUUUGGGGCACUGCAGAGCAAAACCCAGCAGAAACUUCCCGUUCUGGUUGUGAUGAAGUCACCUCCACCAGUGAGAUUGUCACUCACAACAAGGACGGUGUCCUUGUAAGUGUGGCAGAAACUCAGACUGUGAUCAGCUCCCUAAAAGGCUCAAAGAACUCCUCAGAAAUAUCUUCAGAGCCAGGCGAUGAUGAUGAGCCCACAGAAGGAAGCUUUGAAGGGCACCAAGCUGCAGUGAAUGCAAUUCAAAUAUUUGGAAAUUUACUAUAUACCUGUUCAGGAGAUAAAACUGUCCGAGUAUAUAAUCUGGUGAGUCGGAAAUGUAUUGGUGUCUUUGAGGGCCAUUCUUCCAAAGUGAACUGCCUCCUGGUUACUCAGACCUCUGAGAAGACUGCUGCACUCUACACGGGUGCCAGUGAUCACACCAUUCGCUGCUACAGUAUUAAGACCCGAAUAUGCUUAGAGGAGUUAAAGCUGGAAGACCGGGUUCUCUGUCUCCAUAGUCGAUGGCGAAUCCUGUAUGUAGGACUAGCAAAUGGCACUGUGGUCACCUUCAACACAAAGAACAACAAACAACUCGAGAUUUUUGAAUGCCACGGGCCGAGGGCCGUCAGCUGUCUUGCCACAGCUCAAGAAGGUUCCCGAAAGCUGCUGGUUGUGGGAUCUUAUGACUGUACCAUUAGUGUGCGGGAUGCUCGGAACGGACUGCUCCUCAGAACCCUGGAGAGCCAUACCAAGACCAUUCUGUGCAUGAAGGUGGUGAAUGACCUUGUGUUCAGUGGCUCCAGUGAUCAGUCCGUCCAUGCUCACAAUAUUCAUACUGGUGAGCUUGUGCGGAUCUAUAAAGGUCACAAUCAUGCAGUGACUGUGGUGAAUAUCCUAGGAAAAGUGAUGGUGACUGCUUGCCUGGAUAAAUUUGUUCGUGUCUAUGAAUUGCAGUCUCAUGAUCGACUGCAAGUUUAUGGAGGACACAAAGACAUGAUUAUGUGUAUGACCAUCCAUAAAAGCAUGAUCUACACUGGCUGUUAUGAUGGCAGUAUUCGGGCUGUGAGGCUAAAUCUGAUGCAGAAUUACCGCUGUUGGUGGCAUGGUUGCUCUCUGAUAUUUGGUGUUGUAGAUCAUUUAAAGCAACAUUUGCUGACUGACCACACUAAUCCAAACUUUCAGACUCUGAAGUGUCGCUGGAAGAACUGUGAUGCUUUUUUCACAGCUAGGAAAGGAUCCAAGCAGGAUGCUGCAGAACACAUUGAACGACAUGCUGAAGAUGAGAGCAAAAUUCAUGCAUGAAGUUUUUUACCUCCCAUGUUGGGAAGUCAUUAGCUGAACUGUUUUCCUAUCAGCCCCUCACAUAGGCCACUGUCUUCCUUCCGCCAGGAAGUAGGGAAGGAGAAAGUAGCUACCUGCCAGGCUGACCACUAGCAUAUGUCUGGGGAGCUCUAUGGGAUGGUAGGCUACACUUCAAGAUUUUGCUGGAGUGUUUAAAACAGCCAGUUUCCGACAGCCUUUAAAGAACCAUAUGGUAUGACAUAGGGAGAUUUAUGUUACCAGCGUUCUCCAGAUGUUCACUAAAGAUCCAGAUCUCAAUUGGUUGCCCAGGUUGACCCCUAGUCAUAUGUGUAUUUUACUGAUACCAGUUUUUUUUUUUUAGUUUAUGUUCUCAAUGAUGGUUUAAACCUAUAGUCAGGUUUUUAAGUACAAGUUUGUUCAAACUGCUAAAUUUUCAAGAUCAGUUUUAAUUUCUCUAGUUGGAAUAACUAGGUAUUUAAAUUGGAAGCAAAUAGUUUCCUUUCUUAACAAUUAUGUACAGUGUGUUUCACUGUUCAUCCACUUUGCUGAAGGCCAGAGAAGGCUUUAAAUGCUAAAGGAGGGGCCGAAGACAUAGCUCAGUGGCACAGCGGCUGCCUGGCAAGCAUAAGGUCCUGAGCUCCAUUCCCAGUAACCACCCCCACAAAAAAACCUAAAGGACACACAGACUUUUGCUAAGCAGCUAGAGUGGCUGCUCCACUCACUGUAUAUUUUAGGAAUUUAGAAAACAAGUCCCACAGUGGUGAUUCGUUACCGACAGCAUUUCCUGGUGAACGUCUGUGUUCAAUGUGAGGCAAUGUACAGCCCAUCACUUGCCUUUCAGUCUUGCUGCUAGACCUGGGUGCUCGUGCUGCAGUGUUGUCAGGCUGUUUGCACUGAGAUGUACCUUCAUGUUCCUCUCCAGGCUCUGGAAAACCUCGUGUGGGUCUGAACCUUUUGGUUUGCUCCAUUGUCCGCCCCGUCUCCCUAUGUCUAGUUGUGCCUGGACCAAGGCAGCCAUCAAGGAUUGCUCCAGACUCACAGGUGCUCUCUGCCCGUCUGCAGCACCCAGGAUGGGAAAAUUAGAAUAAAGUGUCUGGGUAUGGUUUUUAGGGUCUCCAGUAGGCUUCCUGGAGACUCAUUUCUGAAGCCAGUGUCUUUGCCUUCACUUCCCCAGUAGCUGGAAGAGGAAAGUGGAGUAUGGUAGAGGGAAAGCCUCUGCCUGUCCAUUGCAAAUACCCAAGCCAACAAAACCUGAGUAGGACUGCUUUGUUUUUAGAAUUCUCUGGACUCUUAUUUGUAAAGCUAUACAAGUAUCUUUCUAACCUUUUUGUUUCUGGAAUCCCAAAGCUCAGAUUUCUUCAUAUAAGGAAGAAGAACCCAUGCCACAUUCUGAGCUUCUGGAUGUGACACCUAAUGUUUUGUCAGAUUGCAUCUGGGCUAUUCCACCCUACCAGUGCGCACACACAUCUGCGUGUCUUCCUUUAGGCUCUAGGACAGCGACUUCACCUAGGGUUCCUAGAUAGGCUGCAGGAGGUUCUGCGAGCCCCAGAAGUAUAUACUGUACAAGAUGAUGUGUGUGUGUGUUUUUUUUUCCAGAAAAGGCUCCAGUGGUUCUGACUGGAGCCAGAACUAAUUUAAGAGCUACUACCAGAUAAUGGCUGGCCUCACAACCUAUUAAUUCUGUCCUUUUGAGUGUCCUCUUUUGUUAACCACACUGUUUAGAUUUGCAUGAGCUGAAGGGAGAACAGAGCUCUUGUAGAUAAAGUAAUUGUGCAGUUUCUGUGUGUAAGGUUAACAGUCUUUCCCCACCUCUCACCCCUGUAUCCUGCAAGGGUGGCCACAGAAGCCACGUUAUUCUGUGGGUUUGGGAAUAAUGAUUGCCCAGGAAAGUCCAUUUGGAUUCAUUGCUAACCGUGGCAUUUUUCUUUGGGCUGCAGUGACACAUUUCCAUGUGAAUAGGGUGGUGUGUUCUCAGAGCCUGAACCAGGAACAGCAUGGUGCCUUUGUACAGGAGGAAGGGGAACGUGAGGUGUCAGACAGUCAUGGGAACUUCUGAGGGCGUUACAGGCUGAUGGAGUUAGUAAGAACUGAAUUGUGAUUGGAUUCCACUUGGUAGAAUUGUGUGCAUGUAUCUGCCUGUUUGCAUGUGUGAAAGUCCCUGUCUGUGUGUAUAUACUUGUGGGCACCUAUAUUUGAUAUCUUUCCUCAUCUCACAAAGUUGUCUUUGAAGCAGUGGCAGUAAUAUAUUCUUUCCAAGGACAUGUAGAAUUCUUCUUAAUACCAGAUUAAUGAGUUAUUCUUAAUAAACCAUGUUAGCCCUCUGUUGAGAAAUAAAGGAACCAUAAGUGUCUUGGCUGCUGUGGUUGUGCUGCUAUCCCUAGUGGCGCAACUUUGACUGCCUUCUAGUCUCACGGCACCGUUACAGUCAUGGCCUCUCUUUCCCCUCACAGAGGAGCUAUGGCUCAGGCACCUGUGCUGACACUGGCGGGUAGCAGCCUCACGAACGAAGGAGACUGUUCGGUGACUGACGAAAGCUGGCACAUUGGAGGCCAUUUUUUAGAAUUUUUUGGUUUACGCCUGUUUCAGUAUCUCAAAACCAAGAGAACCAUAGAAUAAAUCCUCUUGUGUGUAUAUGCUAGUGUUUUUAAUGGUCCUUUGUUCUGUUAAAGCAUUAGUUACUUCAAGUUUUAUGCAAAAGUUUUUAAUUAGGUUCAAAAUAUAUUUUGGCAUACUUCUACUCAGUUAUAAGACAAAUACAAUGCAAAAGAAGAGCAGAGAAUUUUCUUACCCUGUUGUUACUUGAGUUUGAGAAGAAGUUGUUUCUUACUGCUCCUCCUCUUGUGAGGAGAAGUUUUCUCCCUCAGAAGAGUUAGUGAUUGAAUGUUUAGCUAGUGGCUUACAUAUCAUUUAAAGGCGCAACUGUUGCUUUUUAAGUAUUUGCCUAACAAAGGUUUUGUUCUGUCAAGUUUUUCAGGUAGAUUAUACAGUGGACAACUAGUGAUGAGGUAUGUGGCUGAUUUGGUGAGAGUAGGUGUACACUUAGAAGAAUGAUUGGUAUUUUAGGGAAUGGAAUUGAUUGGAGGUCGAAGUGUAUUGUGAUGUGGGAUUUGAAUAGCACAUAUUCUCUGGUUUGCUCUAAUAAGUGCAGUUUCCAUAUGCUGACUUACAAAUUCUGUUCUUGUCACCUAAAGGAGAGCUCCUAGGAUUAUUAUGAAAGGCAUACCUGCCACAUUUAUAAGAUGGUGGCUUCAUCCUUGUACUACAUCAUUAGGAUCCUUGGUGUUUAAGAGUAGUAGUCAGGGGCUGGGGAUAUAGCUCAGUGGCGCAAUGCCUGCCUGGCAAGUAUGAGGUCCUGAGUUCAAUUCCCAGUACCAAAAAAAAAAAAAAAAGUUGUAGUCAGAUAAGGAAAAGCUAUUCUGGAGGAGAUUAGGGCUAUACUGAGUUCCACAUGCAAGUGAGUUGCAGUCCUCAUAUAAACCAAACCCACUACUUAUCAGACAGUAACCUCUACCUUUCCCUCCAUCCUCAAAUAUGCAGUCUUGCCAGAUCUUUCCCAGAUUUGCUCUAAAUUCAAGUUAGUAGCCUGCAUAAUUGGAGCCGGGGGAGGGUGGGGUCAAGAAGGAAAAACUGUUGAAAAUCUUUCUUCUGUUAAAGAAAAAUGUAUGCCCUAAGCUGCUACAAUACCCUUGAUUUCUGAUUUUUUUUAAACAUUGACUAUGGUUUAGAAGAAGAACAAGGUUAGAUGACACUUGACUGCAAAAAAUGUUUAUAAGCAAAUAGCCUAGCCUUCUUACAUUUUGGUAUAAAGUUGUGAACUUCAUAACUUUGUAAAGCAAGAUAUAAAGCAAAUACAAGGGGAAAAUAAAGUACUUUACUAAUGA